AUGGCUCCGACAUCACAAUCCUCAACGGGCCCCGGUCCACCGAAGAAGACAAGGCCGUCGAGGUUCCGAGAGGAGCUCUCGGAGAGCGACACCAGCAGUAGUGGUACAGACAUCGAUACACCGUCAGAGAGCAGCGAUUCUGAGGAGAAAAGUGACAGAGGCCGAGAGAACGCAAAGAAGACACGGGCUAGACAGCGCCAAUCCUCGAGUGGCCCGAGUCGUCAAAGUCCGAGACGAAGAACCUCUACCAGGCCCGAUACUGAUGAAAGCUCGGGAGAUGAUUCCACCUUGGUGGACGAUAGUGACGACAACGGCCCACAAAGCUCGAGGUCCAGAUCAAAUCGGUCAAAAUCCAAGAAAACGAGAUACCCGCCCUCUCCACCUCUGAACGAAAAGCUGAAGAUCAAGAAAGGGUUCAGUCGGGAAGACUUUACAAAAAGGCUGGAACAGUAUGAGCGAGACAAUAUCGACCGGGAACCAUUUCUGGCGAGCUGCUGUGGAGACUGCACUGGUUGCUGGAGAUCCACAUGGGGAUGGGCAGGCUGGAGGUGGAUGGUGAGGAAAGCCCCUCAUGGAUUGGGACUGUUUAUGGUAUUCUGCGGCGCUCUUUGUGCUUUGACGGGCCCUCAGCUGGACUGGUGGGCCGUAGAAGUAAAUGAUUACAAGUUUGGCGGUCUCGGGUGGUGCCAAGGGUCCAGGUGCCAGACUGGCGUAUUUUAUACCAGUGUGACCGUUGGAUCAUGGCCUGCUAUCACUGUACCAGCUCUUCUGAUGUGCUUUGGAGGCUUGGCGAUUAUUCAGCUCCUUUUGCUCAUCUUCAACAUCCUUUUCCUGCGCCACAACCUUCAAUCAUGCUGUACAGAUCUGGAAGCCCAAACUAAAAGUCGAAAAUCCUCUCGAAACCGACGCGCGAAAUCAUCGGUGUGGUUUGAGCGAACAAUGACUGUCUGUACGUUAGGGAACUCUGUCAUGGCCAUAAUACUUGCUGCCUGGGCCAGUCAGAACAAUGCCCAAGGCAAAAUAGGAUACAAGCUCGCCAUCUUCCUGAUGAUGACUCCACUCAUAUGGUUCUUCCUUGGAAUGUCCUAUCGCUCACGGUGGGCGUACUACUCGGACAAACUCAUGUCCUCGGCCUCUAGGAGCCAGAAAAAGGUGGCUGGAAGCUGGGACAUGGCUUACAGAGAUCCCGACGAGGAUGAGGUCGUGGCUUCUCGGACAAAGGUUGGCACCGACAGACAGCAAGUCGUCAAGCCCGCAAGGAGUAGAGGACGGUAUUAA